UCUUUACGCACCAUGCUCCCCGCGGUGGAGGCGGCCAAGAUCUACCACACCAACUACGUGCGUAACUCGCGGGCCAUGGGCGUGCUGUGGACGGUGUUCACCAUCACCUUCGCCGUCAUCACCGUGGUGAUUUUCAUCCAGCCGUACUGGAUCGGGGACAGCGUGAACACGCCGCAGGCCGGCUACUUCGGCCUCUUCCACUACUGCAUCGGGAACGCGCUCACCUCGGAGCUCAUUUGCAAAGGGAGCGCGCUGGACUUCGGCUCCAUCCCGUCCGGCGCCUUCAAGACGGCCAUGUUCUUCGUGGGCAUCUCCAUGCUGCUGGUGGUGGGCAGCAUCGUCUGCUUCAGCCUCUUCUUCUUCUGCAACGCGGGCAGCGUGUACAAGAUCUGCGCCUGGAUGCAGCUGGCCUCCAGUACAUGCAUGGUGAUUGGAUGCAUGAUCUAUCCUGAUGGCUGGGACUCGGAGGCGGUGAAGCGGAUGUGUGGCCAGCGGACCGACAAAUACACCUUGGGCAACUGCACGGUGCGCUGGGCGUACAUCCUGGCCAUCAUCAGCAUCAUGGACUCGCUCGUCCUCUCCUUCCUGGCCUUCAGCCUGGGCAACAGGCAGGACAACCUGCUGCCCGAGGACUUCCAGGUGGAGGGGAAAGGUACUGCCCGGGUGAAGGGAGGCUGGAGAUGCAGCGGGGUGGAGGAUACAGGGCGGAUGAGGAUUUUUAGACAAAGAUGCAAGAGGAAGGUAAUAACUGGACUCCAGGGAGUAAGCGAGUGGAAAGGUUUCAGGUUUCAGGUUUCAGAGAAGGUGGUGUGA